AUGGAACCAGGGCUGCAGCGAGCACCCUUCCGCAGGACCCCUUCCUCUCAGCCAGCCAUGCAGGUGCCACCUGGCUCGGUGGCCGGCCACUGGGGAGCCACAAGCCGCAGCUACUUCUACCUCACCACAGCCGUGCUGGUUCUGUGUCUGGUCGUCACAGUGGCAACCAUCAUGGUGCUAGUGGUACAGAGGACGGACUCCAUUCCCAGCCCACCUGACACUGUUCCCCUUAAAGGAGGGAAUUGCUCAGAGGACCUCCUAUGUAUUCUGAAAAAGGCUCCAUUCAAGAAGUCAUGGGCCUACCUCCAAGUGUCGAAGUACCUCAACAAUUCCAAGCUCUCUUGGAACCCUGAUGGUAUCAUCCAUGAAGUCAGAUACCAGGACGGGGAUCUGGUCAUCCAGUUCCCAGGCUGGUACUUCAUCAUGUGCCAAGUUCAGUUCCUCAUGCAAUGCUCAAAUCGUUCCGUGGACCUGAAGUUAGAGCUCCGUGUCAACAAAAUAGUCAAGAAACAGGCCCUCGUGACAGUAUGUGAGGCCGGAGUACACACCAAAAGCAUAUACCAGAAUCUCUCUCAGUUCUUACUUGAUUACUUGCAGGUCAACACAACCAUAUCUGUCACAGUGGAUCAAUUCCAAUAUGUGGAUACAAUCACCUUUCCCCUUGACAAUGUGCUGUCCAUCUUCUUGUACAGCAGUUCAGACUGA